GAUCAGGUAAGCGCAGUUAGUUUAAGGGGUGUGGGGAGGACGCGACAAAAACAUAUAGACUUCAAAUAAGCCUAAGAAUUAAAUUACGGUAGAGUGCGAAUGUUUCAGGAUAGAGAGAGUGCGAGCGAGAGAGAGGGAUCACUAAGUGCACGCGCGAUUUCUGGAAGGCGCGCGACUGCUGUGGCUGUGUAUGUGCGCAGAGGAAGUGAAGCGUAACGGUACCUGUUAACUGUUAUUUUUUGACCUGCACGUGCUUUCAGGGAUACCCAUAUAUUCCUAACCUAUAGCGAAUAACACGCUCAGGUUUGGCCUGGUGAUGUGAAGGGGAAGGCAAGGACACGAUCAUUUCUGUUGAAGAGAGUCGCAUGUUAUCCACCGCGCGGAUGGCAGAUUAUUUUCGGAGAAACGUCGCCUGCUUUCUUUCAGAUGGGGUGAGACGCAUCCCAGCAGGAAGGUCCCGAGGCUGGACCGGAGGACAGUCUGGACCCAGGGCAUUGCAACAGCAACAACAAUAAUAAUAUAUGCAAGUCAAAAAGAGAAAAACGACUGAGGAUGCAGGGGGUGACGGUGACCGGAGAGGCGCCCACACUGAACGGGGGUGGACGGGAAGAGCAACGUCCUCUCAAGCAGUCCUUAAGCGGUUCUCUGUGCCGGGAGUCUCAUUGGAAGUGCCUGUUACUGACCCUGCUCAUGUACGGCUGCUUUGGCACACUAGGCUGGUGCUCCCUCUACCGCAUCACCGUCAUGGCUUCUGAUGACCAAGGCCCUGCCUACUACUAUGGCGACCGAGCCCGGCUCUACCACGAUAGUCCCUGCUCCAACGGAUAUGUCUACAUCCCUGUGGCUUUCCUUGCCAUGCUUUAUGUCGUCUAUCUGGUAGAGUGCUGGCAUUGCUACUCCAAAACAGCCAACCUGGCUAAAGUGGAGAUCAGUCAGGUGUAUGACAGGAUCCAGCGUCUGCAGCAGGCCACACCAUGCAUCUGGUGGAAGGCCAUCAGUUAUCAUUAUGUACGGCGGACCAGGCAAGUGACACGCUACCGCAAUGGAGAUGCCUACACCACCACACAGGUAUACCAUGAACGGGUCAACACACACACCGCCAGUUCUGAGUUUGACUACUCGCGGCAUGGUGUCAAGGAUGUGUCCAAAGAGCUGCAGGGCUUACUAGACCACCCAGUAACACGGAUGCGCUUCACUAAGUGCUUCAGUUUUGCCAGUGCUCGUGCAGAGACCGCCUACCUUACACAGCGAGCACGCUUCUUUGGUGAUAAUGAAGGUCUGGAUGACUACAUGGAAGCACGGGAGGGUAUGCACCUGAAAAAUGUAGACUUUAGGGAGCACAUGCUGGCAUUCCCAGAUCCUGCUCGGCCACCUUGGUACACACGACGUUGUGUAUACUGGCUUGCAUCUGCUCUGCUGCUCUCCUGGCCACUCCGCGUAGUGGUUGAGUACCGCACAGCCUAUGUCCACUAUCACGUUGAGAAGCUGUUUGGUGAGAAUGAGGAUGCCAAUGAAAAUGAAAAUAGAGACAACUAUCAGACAGGCUUCGAGCGUGGCUCUGGAGGACCCACUUUGCACGUCAUAUCACGAGUAAACACAGUGGACAUAACUGAACUGGAAUGGCACAUUCGCUGCAACCAACAAAUAGUGCCCAGCUACUCAGAGGCCUUGUUAAUGGACCUGGACAUCAACCCAAACACGCCGUUGUCUGUUGCAAUGGCAGCCCAAAUGAGACGCAACUCCAGCUACUUCCUCCAGAGCUGCCCUCGGUGUCGGAGGACGACAAGCAGCUCAUCUCUGCCUUCAUGGGUUAGAGGGAACAUGGUUGUAGGGGCAAACUCAUUUCCCAUCAGAGCAGGAGGAAGGUUGACACUGAGUCGCAGCGGCUUCUCCCUGGGACGCUUGCACACCACCCGAAACCGUCAUACCUGCCUGUUUCACUCAAGGAGUCUUGGAGGAGGUUUGGCAGGACGAGGGGAAGAGGGAGGUGGCUUUCUGGGCCUGGGGUUCCGUAGGUCAGAUGAGGAGAGAAGGGGCGUUCUAGAGGGGGAGGAUGAGGAGAACAGUGAGGUCGAGGAACGACGGCAGAGGCAGGGAGAUGACAUAGAAAAUGGCGAGGCCAGAGGAGAGGAGAGAGACAGGCCACCAGCCUAUCAAGAUGCUCUGUACUUUCCUGUGUUGAUCAUUCAUGGAGAAGAGAGCUGUCAUGGGGGGCGGGAUAUUGAUACAGGAUAAUGGCUGGGAUUAGUUGGGAAUGUAGAUUAGAAAGUUUGCACUGGUGUGUAUAGACUGCAUGUAGAAGGACCUCAGGUAAGUGAAUCAAAGAGAUGAAACAGGGUCAGAGAUGGGGGAUCAUGGAAGAAAAUAGAGCUUGUACCUAGGGAAGAGACAGUAUAUAGGCUAAAUAUAAGAUGAAAACUGAUUGGAGAAAACAUGUUCUGUCAGCUUUAAAAAUGAGAGUAGAAAUGAAUAAUGACUCAGAUGUCAGCGAGUGUAUGUAGGGUUUAAAUAAAAAUGAGAUAUAUGUAGGUCAAUCUGUCUCAUGUCAAGUUGACAUGAACUGACCGUUUUAGAAAAAAAAAAACAUUCUAAUAAGCAUGAAUAAUUACAUAUCAGUAUCGUUAUUUUAUACCUUGCAACAGCAUCAUGAAAACUGAAAUAAAAGCUGAAUUUGUCCAUGUAACCUUUUACUCUAGGAGUAUUGUAGUUUACAUGGAAACUUGGACCACUGUACCUGAUCACUUAGUGAAGACAUUCCACACCUAGCAAGUUAAAAAUUAAUGUAGUUCAUGCAGACAUUUGCAUAAUACCAUUGUAAAACCAGAAGUGUAACAGUAGUUAUACUGUAUAAAAGAAGUUCAGUUCUUUAAAGAAAUCAGAGCAGAUAGAAACAAAGUCAAAAGAUCUCAGGGGAAAAGAAUACUUUUUUAAUGGGGAAUGAAAGAGGACUGGAAAAGAUUUGUUAAGUGAGCAUGUAGACUGAUGGUAGUCCUUUGCUGUUUGUAUUUGUGCUCCAACCAACUGUAUUGUCUCAGACUUGUUUUAAUUGCUUACAUUGCUUUUCAAAGCUUGGUGCUCAUGACAUUGUUGUUGUCCUUAAAGGUGUUUCUAUUCAGCUACUGCUAGAAAAAGUAAAACUGCACAUAGCUAUAAUACAGCAUUAUUUUUCAACUUGCAUAGUCACAUAGACAUAUAUGAUUUGCAUAGUCUGGACUUGGGAGGAAAUGUGUAAAAUGAUAACAAUGUUAAAGGAGAAGUAUGUAAAAUGUAACAUUAGUACAAAAACAAUCUCAUAUGUCACUCUUCACAUCACCUGCCCCUGUACUGCUUCUUUGUUACAUUUAUAGAACGCUGUCCUUUAGUAUGUUGAUGAUUCAUUGAAAAAAAUACAGAUUACUUCAAUGUCUAAUGACUGUCACUAAUGAAAGCACACAAUUGCGUAUAAAACACAAGUCAUGAUCCAGAGCUACACUGUCCAAGAUUAACAGUUCAUUAGACACAAAUCAGCUUGAGUCCAAGUUUACUGACACAGAUCAGCAUCUGCACAUAGUGUAGCCUCACUAGCAAGCACAAGUAAUGCGAUUUACAAACAGUGCAGGGAAGGGCGUGAACUAAGACUGACUGUUGAGAAACUCAUCACAGAGUGAAUGAAUGUACAACAGAGUCCUGCAUAUUUGAGAGGAAUUUAUUCUGCAGCAAAAUCUGGGCUGUCAACAAGAAGCCUCAAAUGCAUCACUAUUUUUCAGCAGGAUUGCUAUUAUCCUAUGUUCACACUAGCAAGCAAUAAGUCACUCUUGUCGCUUGUAGUUUGUCUCUUGUGGACAUGUAGCAGCCGCUACUGUUUCCACCUGUAAUGUCCAACGUUUUUUUUUGUUUGUUUUUUUUUAUCUCUGAUGAGAAAGGUAGUAAAUAUUAGUAGCUUCUAAAACUUACUAGUGGAAAAACAUAUGAAAUAAUGCAAAAAUCAGUGUGAACAUUGGCUGUUUGUGCCAACAACCAAUUUUCUGCUACUUCCUUCCAAAUGUUAUUCUUCUUCUUAAUAAUAUCUCUAUACAC